AUUACAAUGGGUCUUAAUAUUCUUAAGUUUUUCUCGGUUCUCUCGAUUCUUAUUUUCGUUGUCUCAGCGUCUCCCACUAAUUUGGUUAAACGCGCUGCCGUUAGUUGUCCUAUCUGCGCACCUUUUGUUGUAUCUCUCACUAAUUGUGAUCUAACCAAUGUGGUAACGUGGGACUGCUCCGGUUCUGGAACUGCAGUUUGUACUAAUAAUUGUACUGGUUGUAGUAUAUUGUGUACUUCUCCCAAUGAAUUUACUUGGGCUUGUGAUUGCGCAUAA